AUGACUCGUUAUAGUGGAAACCCACAGGUUGACGAAUAUCUACCCGCUAAAAUAGAAUCCUCUGGAUCUGAUGCUGUAAAACUUGAUUCUCAUGUAUCUACAACACAUCGCAAUGCAAGUCCUUUUAUUCCAGACUGGAAAGACGCGGAGACGUUUCGCCGGGAUGUACAGCUUCUCAACCACCAAGGUUUCAUCCACAAUGCACAACGCUUCACACCGAGGCUGACGGCUGAAAGCAUUAUUAUUCUCGUUCAGGUCCACAGUCGCCCGGAUCAGCUACAGAUGCUGAUUGACUCCUUUCGGAAAAUGAGAUAUAUCAACGAAACGUUAGUAAUAUUCAGCCAUGAUUUCUACUCCCAGGACGUUUUCGAUGUCAUAGCCAAGAUAGAUUUCUGUCCCUAUAUGCAGAUAUUUUACCCAUAUGCUAUUCAGGUAUAUAACAGCCAAUUUCCGGGUAAUGACCCUAGCGACUGUCCGCGAAAUAUACAAAAGGACGAGGCAAGAAAACGGAAGUGUAACAACGCUGAGUAUCAAGACUUUUACGGACAUUACCGAGAAGCCCCGUACUCGCAGACCAAACACCACUUUUUGUGGAAGCUUCAGUUCAUUUUCGAGAACUGUUCCUUGCUUAGAACUUUCGAAGGACUAAUAUUUCGAAUAGAAGAAGAUUACUAUUUGGCAGAGGAUACGAUAGACUACAUGAGAAAGCUGGACCGGCAGGCUAGGAUUCAGUGUCCAGAGUAUAAAAUGUAUAUCAUGGGCGCAUACUCGGACUAUUCACGCGAUGAUUACAAGUCAAGCGCCGCGAGGAAAGAUCGUUGGUAUACAGGAAUCGGGAGAGGAAUGGCCUUCAAGAAACACUUCUGGAAGCUCUUUAAAAAAUGUGCGAAAUUAUUUUGCUUGUUCGAUGACUACAACUGGGACUGGUCGCUAAUGCACGUGACAACCACAUGCAUUCCUGGUGGUUUUAAAAUCUUAAAACCUGUAGGCAGUAGAGUAUUCCAUAUAGGCAUUUGCAAGGGUUUUCAUCAAAACAGUAAUUGCAAAACAGCUGAUGUUGUGAACAAUGUGCAAGGUAUAUUAAGUCGCAACAGAAACUAUCUCUUUCCCGAACACGUGUAUAUCCAUCAGAGUUUUGCAUUGAGAACGUAUCCGGCUGUUCAUAAUGGAGGGUGGGCCGAUAUUAGAGAUCAUGAAAUGUGUCUGAGGAUUUUCAAUAACCAGUCCAUGUCUACAGAAGAAAUGAAUAAAAUACACCAGAAGUUGUUUAGCUAA